UUUCAACAUACAUGUCUCGAGGACCACUGGUUUUCCAAUCAAGAUCUUGCAUAUUCUCUGCCCGCGCGCACUUAUUGAAAUGACAGGGAAGCCAAUGCAGCAUCUGUGUUGUGUGUUGCGGGCUCCCAGCAACAGCAGCAACCUUUCCUCCACACUCACGCUCAAGUGUAACACCAUGCUGGUGCUUCUUCCUCUACUCGUGCCCCGCAGCCAUUAGCCGGCGAGCUGGUUGGCACUUCCAAUGGAGGGCAAAGAGCGCGCCUCAUGUUGCCUUGCCGAUGACACGUAUGAGCUCGGGGCGAGCUUGGAGUGGCUGCGGCAGGACACAGAGGACUCCUCCGAGGGACGCCGAGCGAUACGCUUCAUGGAGUGCCCGAUGCUAGAGAAGACGGUCCAGGUGAGCGACAGAGUGCGCAGAAUUAUGGAAGAUGUCGUGGUCCACUACUCUGCCAGUUUCUCCGUGCUCUCCUGGAGGGCCGACGGCGAGCUACACCUGAAAGCCAGCCACCUGCCCGACGUCAUCCGUGCUCCACAGGCUUCUGGUUCGAGCGGGUACCAGCUGUUCAACCACACGAUCGGCCGUGCCCUGCCAGUCGUUGUCAACGAUGUCCAGGUGCAUGACGUGUACGGUGAGGCUCGGCUGCCAGAGUUUGCGAAGCCCACUCGCUUCUACAUGGCGGCACCCCUCAUUGCCCGCUCGGCGGCGUACAUCGGCACGCUGUGUGUCGUGGACUCCUGCCGUCCGCGCGCCGAGUUCCACCUGCGAGACGCACGGUUCCUUGUGGAAAGUGCAGGGGAGCUGGUGGCAUCCGCCGAGGAGCACAACGUGCGUGCACCGGCCGUGGGCGAUCCCAGCGGUGUCGAUGCCAGCAGGGUGCUUGAAGCGGGCGGCCCCCCCGCUCCCGGGGGCGUGGACGGAGCGAGCGCCGAGUCUCUGGGCGGCUGUUUGGCUCCAUGUCAUCGGCGUGGACUCGUCAGCCAGCGCGUGUGCUUGGCUCGUCUGGUUUUGUUGUCUUCCGUGCGAGCCCCCUGCUGGCGACGAACCCCAUGUACAGCAGCAGCUGCCAUUGAUCUUCUGGCUUUCUGUCCUCCGGGGGUCGGCGGAUUUCUUCCUGUCUUCAAUCUUAUCCAGGACCCGUUGUCCAGAGUUAUCUGGCACGCCCCGUACGUUAGCAGGUUUGUGGGUUUGCCUAAGGCCGGCUCCAGCUUAACGCUCUGUUUCAACUGGAGCGGCUUCUGAACACCUCUUCCUUGUUCAAAGCCUCGUCCGCCUCUUCCGUCUUCCGUCAAUCUCUUGAAGACAGAUCGAAGGGGACGAUUUUCCGAGUAUUUUAUUUGUUUGAGCAUUUUUAGAAUCUAUUUUUUUCGUCCGAAAUCCCCCUGUAGGGAGACAUGCCCGACCUAAGACUGCAGCCACCCUGCCCGACAGCGGAUCAAUAUUCUAAUCGGAACCAGCGUGCCGCUGGCACGGUGGUGGGCGAAACCAGCGGCGGCCUGCUCGCUGAUUGCGGUAAGAGUCGUGAUGUGCAGCCGACGCCUCAAAUCAGAACCCCCUUUCCGAGCAGGUGAUCCCUUCAACAUGCAAACUUGCAUAUCAAUGAUGACUAGCAUGCGUAAGACCCGUGGGCUGGAAUCCGUAAUACGAGCUGUGCUUUUGGCCCCAGGUGCAUGUUCGCAUUGUUCUCGGCAGAGCCAGUUUUCUGCUGCCUGUCGUGUAAGUCUGCGUCUUUGUUUUGUUCAGUAAUCUCGGCAGUAUGACCAGGACGCGUAUUCGCGGCAAGUUUCACCCCGCACCUGGUUAUGAGGACGAAGUUCGUCCAGCUGGGUCCGAAAAUGUGGUUUGGACCAAACAGUGAGGUAUAUCUUCACUGUAGUCGCACGCUCUCUUCAAGAGGCCGGCUUUAGAUAUUCACACUGUUGGUCGAAGCCAAACAUGUCUUUGCAUACCUUAAAGAGUCUGGGAUGACCUUUCGAGCGAUUCAGGUCCUGUGGGGAAACAUGAAGUCUACAUUCUAAUGCCAUGGACGCGAGAAAUGUCAUCCCCUAGGAAUGCCACUGGACAGAAAGAGCAUCUGCUCCUUUCGUGAUCGCUGCCCGGUGCUCGGCUGGCCAGUCUCUUGUCUGAGCGGGGAAAUCGAGGGAAACUGACGCCUGUGCGUGCACCGUAUUGGCUGAUCCCCGCCUGCACGCGCACGUGAGGUCAGCGUCAAGCUUCCCUGGCCUUUAUAAUUGCUGCAAGUGGCAGCUAUUGUGCAGCUGCAAGUCGUUAGUGCCCAGUUUUUUGCCUCUUUUAACAGUCUCGGCCGCAUGGUCGGGAUGCGAAUUUGCGACAAGUUCCGCCUCAACGCAUUUCUGUGGCCGCAGUGGGUUCAGCAGAGUCCUAGUAUAUGGCUUCGACCAAGCAGUACGGUAUACAUUUAUUGCAGUCGCACGCUCCCUCCAAGAGGCCGACUUUCGAUCUUCACACUGUUGGUCGAAGCCAAACAUGUCGCUGCAUAGCUUUUGAAGUCCAGGAUGGCCAUUCGAGCGAUUCGAGUCGUGUGGGGAAGCGUCAAGUUUAUACGUAAUCGCCCUGGACGCGAGAAAGGUCAUCCCUUCCAGUCAGAUAGCUAAUCUGCCAGUGGAAAUUGGGACGAGGCGUGUCCGUCCAGGGACAAUGACUAACCGUGCAGUGGUGGAGGCGCGGCUCGCUUCAGCUGCCCCCUCGAUGACAGCCGUUGAGCCCGCCCGACCGACCGAACGACUGACGGCGACGACCGACGAGCUGUGCUUUUGGCCCAUGCGCAAGUUCGCACUGUGCUGGGCACGGCUAGCUGUCUGCUGCCUGUCGUGUAAGCCAUUUUUUUUCUUCUGUGUCUUGUGCAACAAUCUCAGCAGCAUGGCCGGGACCCCAAGGUGCGGCAAAUUCCGCCCCCACGCGGUUAUGAGGCCGCAGUUGGGUCAGCUGGGGUCCUAGUAUUUGGCUUCAACCAAACAGUACGAUGUAUACUCAUUGCAGUCGCACGCUCUCUUCAAGAGG